AUGGUAGAAACGUUAGCCACAACCCCGGGCAUGCAGCCACCGGACGGCCAGACUUCAGACUUCAACGCGCCCUACAACUCACUACAGAUUGGUACGGUCAUCGCAUUUGGUAUCACGUAUUUUCUUGCGACUUGUUUCAUUGGCCUCCGCUAUUUUCAGGCAGUUAAAUUGACCAAGAAGAUUGACUUGGAUCUGGUCGCUAUUACGAUCUCCUAUGGGGCAUCAUGUUACUAUUUCGUGACUAUUGUCAAUCUAAUGAAAUAUGGUUGGGGAAAGCACUUGUGGGAUGUAUCUUUGGCGGAUCUCGUCGUGUUUAAUAAGGAACUGCUCCCCAAUACCCUGACGUAUUUGAUAUGCCCCUGCGUCACCAAGAUGGCAAUCUUGUCUGUUUUGUAUCGCAUCAAUCCCUCGAUUAUCUACCGCUAUAUUGUCGUGGCUACUGCCACUUUGAUCUUCGCCUACACCUUGACAUUAUGCAUCAUCACUGGAGGACCAUGCAAUCCUCUCAAAACGGGAACGACAAAAUGCCUGGAAAAUGUUGCUUUGUCGCAAGCAGUGCUCAAUAUCGCUUCUGACUUCGCCGUUGUGGCUCUGCCCAUUCCCACGAUUCAUAAUCUCCAUUUCUCCAUGAAACAGAAAUUAACUGUCAGCUGCCUCCUAACUCUGGGAUCCGGCGUCGUCAUCUGUUCGAUCGCCCGCCUGCCGUAUGUCCUUGUGCUGGACAAGACCGCUGACACAACAUACACCGAAGCUAUCCUAGGAGUGUGGUCCAUCGUCGAAGUCAACCUUGGUAUUAUUUGUGCCUGUGCCAUGCGAUUCAAGAAGCUUAUCUCCACAUACCUGCCACAACUAUCGUUCUUCCCAUCGAGCAGUCGCAAGACUGGAAAGGAAGCAUACCACAAUGACAGUAGUAGGUUUCAGCCUAAAGACAGCAAGAACCAACACUUGUAUGAGCUUCACAGUGUACAGAGCGGGAGCACAGACCCUUUCUUUGGCAUCAAAGGUAUUUCUGUCGAUCGCUCUUAUCACGUGGAUGUAGAAGGCUCCGAUGGUGACACCAAAGAU